UGCAGCUGCGGGAGGCACCGCCAGGAGCGGCCGCCGCCCGCGCAGGAGGAGGCGCCAUGGCUGCUGCCUUGGGAGGAGCAGAUGAUGACUUUGAUCAGUUUGAUAAACCUGGUGCAGAAAGGUCUUGGAGAAGAAGAACUGGAGACGAUGACUGGGACAGUGAACUUGAAGAUGAUUUGCUUGGAGAGGAUUUGCUUACUGGUAAAAAGAAUCAGUCAGACUUGUCAGAUGAAGAACUGAAUGAUGAUCUUCUACAGAGUGACAAUGAAGAUGAACAAAAUUUCAGUUCUCAAGGUGUCACAGUUAGUCUUAAUGCUACAUCUGGCAUGGUUACAUCAUAUGACUACUCUGAGAACGCUAAUGAUCAUUCGAUAGAACAUGAGUCGGAAUAUGACCAAGGGGAGGACGAAAUAGCUUAUGACAAAUCGGAUGAACCUGAAGUAUACUCUCAAGAGUACACAGGGGAAGGACAGUAUGAAGGCAAUGAUGCUGAGCUGACAGAAGACCAAAUAGAAUAUGUGGAAGAACAGGGAGAGGAAGAAAUUUACAAUGAUGAAGUGCUAGACCUUGAAAUCAAUGAACCUCUAGAUGAAUUUCCAGAUGAAGAUUAUAUACAGUCAUAUAAUGAACAACAAGGGAUGGAAGAACAGGAAGAAUAUGUAGCUGAAGAGGAAUUGGAGGAGGUUGCUGAUUCCCAAAUACCUACAAAUGAAUCAGAAGAGGCAGCUAUUGAAACUCUGGAACUUCAGGAGGAAACAAAAGAAGAAUCUGAUGAAGAGGAGGAGGAGGAUGAAGAAUCUGGACGACUACGUUUCAAAACUGAACGAAAAGAAGGAACCAUCAUUAGGCUCUCAGACAUAACGAGAGAGAGGAGAAACAUUCCAGAAACUUUGGAACUCUCAGCAGAAGCCAAAGCAGCGUUAUUUGAAUUUGAAGAAAGGGAAAGACAGCUUAAACAGGGACGCUACGGCUCAAGGAGAGGAGGGAGGAGAGGAGGUUCCAUAAUGUGUCAUGGAAUGGGAGAACAAAGAAGAGACAACAAUGAAAGGGGAAGAAUGAAGGAUCACAGGCCUGCGCUGCUGCCAACGCAGCCACCAACAGUGGGUCAUUCACAGAGGUUAAUUCCUCCUCACCAGCAGCAGCCUAUUAGGAGUCUGUUCCAGCAGCAACAGCUACAAACGCUGCUUCCUAUGCAGCAUCAACACCAUUCAUCUCCUCCUCCAGGACUACAUAUGCCACCCCAGAUAGAAACACCUGGAAUAAUGAUGACUCCACCCCCAGUGACACCCCAGCAACCGAAGAACAUACAUAUAAACCCACAUUUCAAAGGGACAGUAGUGACGCCUGUGCAAGUGCCCUUGUUGCCAGUCCCAACCCAGCCAAGACCUGCUGUAGGACCCCAGAGAUUUCCUGGCCCUCCAGAUUUUCAGCAGCACCCUCCUGGACCUGUUCCUACCAACUUCACCCAAGCCCCAAGAAUCCCUCUACAGGACCAGUGGAGAGGCCCACCUCCACCACCUAUGCCUCCACCUCCUCCGCCUCCUCCUCCUCCCCAGGAAAGAGACCCUUUCUUCAUGGGAGAUCCAAGAUUCCCGAGUCAUCAUAUGUUCGAGCAACGGAGUCCCCCACCUCCACCCCCUCCCCCACUCCUUAACAGUACCCAUCCUGUCCCUACCCAGAAUCCUCUGCCUUUCAAUCAACCUGGACCAGGAUAUAAUCAGCAAGGGCAGCAACCAGUAUUUCCCAGAGACAGACCAGUAAGACCAAACAUCCAGCCUCAGAAUCCUGCCGGAAUUCUUCACUUCAGCCAACCAGGUUCAGCAAAUCCACGGCCUUUCAUGCAACCCAGACAACAAUUCUUACAAAACCCAGGACAGCCAUUUCUAGCAACACAUACACAGCCCAAUAUGCAGGGUCCCUUGCACCCUCCUCUACCGCCUCAGCCUCACCAUCAGCAACAACAACACCAGCACCACCAGCAGCAGCACCAACAACAGCAGCAGCACCAACAACAGCAGCAGCACCAGCAGCAUCAUCAGCAUCAGCAUCAACAUCAGCAUCACCAUCAUCUUGCUGGUCCACCACAGCCUUUGAUUCCCAUUACCCAGCAACAGUUCAGACCUCAUUUGCAGACUUCACAGCAACAGUCAAAUAACAAUAGAAUGCAAUGUCAACAGCGGCAGGGUCCAAUGAAUCCAAGACAUAGUACACCAACACAGAACAUGGUCAAGCGUCCGAAUCAGCAGCUACAGUCAACUGCUUCAAGAAAUAGCAACUUGCGUGAAUUACCAAUAGCACCUUCGCAUGCUAUUGAAAUUAGUAACAACCGGCGAACCGCUGCACCUGCUGCGCAGGUGAAACCCAUUACCAGCACAACACCUGCUACAAGAUCUGUAGUAGGUGUUGGAAGCCCACAUGGAAGGACUGAAAUGAAAGCUAGAGCAGUCGUGCCAGUGGUCCAAACUAAAGUAGAAGUAAAAUCUGAACCAGAGUUUCCCGAUGAAGAUGAAGAAACCAGAUUAUACCGUUUGAAGAUAGAAGAACAGAAACGCCUAAGAGAAGAAAUUCUGAAACAAAAGGAGCUGAGACGGCAGCAGCAGGCAGGUGCUAGAAAGAGAGAGUUACUUGAAAGACUUGCACAACAGCAGCAACAGCCUCCUACACAACAAUCUUUCACACAGCAGGAAGAGGAAUCAUCAGAGUUUCCCACCAAUGGAAAUCCAUUUAUAGUCCAUCCUGGUGCACAGGCCAGGCAAAAUGUGAAAAAUAGACUUCUUGUUAAAAAGCAAGACAUGGUGGUUGCAAAUAUUCAGCCCAAACCCACAGAUUUCAUGCAAGAUGGGGCUAAUAUGCAUUUUCAAGGACAGCAAGUGAAAACAGUGAAGCCUUUGAGACAGACUAGAACAGUACCACAAAGUCAGCUUCAGCCAUCGCCAAAAGUAUUACAAACAAAACCUGCUGCAACUACAGCAUCGUUCACCCCAGGACAGACUGCUAGGGUGGCAUCGAUACAAGGAAGGCCUCAGGAACUGAAACCUGGUGUGAAAAGGACUGUCAUGCAACGGGCAAACAGUGGUAGUGGAGAUGGGCCCCAUGUCGGCACCAAAGUGAGGGUGAUUAAGUUGUCAGGAGGGCAGGAGGGGGAGAAUGUUGGCUUUGUGCAGCCAGAGGGCCAGCCCCAACGCCUCCAACAACCUCAAGAACUGAGACAGCAGCCAGUGCGGAAGGUCACAUUGACAAAGGGACCACUCCAGCAGCAGCAGCAACAGCAGCAGCAGGCUCAGAUACAUUCAACAGUUCCACAAGGAGUCAAAAACAUCCAAGGGAUUCAUCCAGCUAAAAAGGUCAUUAUGCAUGGGAGAGGCAGAGGAGUAGCAGGCCAGAUGGGCCGAGGACGCUUGAUGCCAAAUAAACAGAACCUGCGAGUGGUGGAGUGCAAACCUCAGCCCUGUGUUGUGUCAGUUGAAGGGCUUUCUUCAUCAACUACUGAUGUCCAACUGAAAAACCUGCUGAUGUCAGUAGGACCCAUUCAGAGUUUACAGAUGCUUCCUCAGCAACGGAAAGCCAUAGCGAAAUUUAAGGAACCAGCACAUGCAUUAGCAUUUCAACAGAAAUUCCACAGGCAUAUGAUAGAUCUAUCCCACAUUAACGUGGCUUUGAUAGUUGAGUGAGCAUAGCUGAUAACGCUAAUAGAAGCAUACUGUGGAGCUACGUAGGGAGAAGAUACAAAGGCAAAACCAUCAGGAUCUGAAGUCUUUUCAGUUUACAGUCUUUCUUUAACUGCUCUGUAGAACUACAGAAAGUAACAAGAUUUCCUCAAGAUAAGCUGAACUUAAGAGGAUCUAGCAAAGUGGAGUUUUGUGUUCAAUUUCUUCACAUUCGGUUGUAACCCCAUGGAACUACAGAUUUUUUUUCCAAGUGCUUACAAUGCAUGUAGACAUUGUUCUUCAAGAUCGUACUGUGUGAUCACAGUGACUUGAGUUGAGAAAAAGAACACUUACAUUGAAAAAUUUAAAAAGUUUCUUCAUAGCAAAGAAUAUUUGAUAAUGGUUGCUCUUAUCUUCAGUGCAGGGUAUUUAAAUGAGAACUCACUUCUCUAAACAAAACACAUGUAUGUUGUUCCUCUGAGAAGAUAGAAGGUGCAUUCUUAUAUAGAUUAAGACAUGGCCUACUUGAUUGAUGAUGAUAAUCUGAAAGGCUUUGGAGGUGACACUGGAAGUCUGUAGUUUCUGUUUUUGUAAAUAUAGUAGAU